AUGGCCGAAGCCGAUAAGUUGAAUAUCGACAACAUAAUUGCAAGACUUUUGGAAGUACGAGGUGCAAGGCCGGGAAAAAAUGUCCAACUGACGGAAAACGAGAUACGCGGCUUGUGUCUAAAAUCCCGCGAAAUUUUCCUCUCACAGCCCAUCCUUUUGGAACUCGAGGCACCACUGAAAAUAUGCGGCGAUAUUCACGGGCAAUAUUACGAUUUGCUGCGUCUAUUUGAGUACGGAGGAUUCCCGCCCGAGUCUAAUUACUUGUUUCUUGGCGAUUACGUGGACCGUGGCAAACAAUCGCUAGAAACCAUUUGUUUGCUGCUAGCCUACAAAAUUAAAUAUCCAGAGAAUUUCUUCCUGCUUAGAGGCAACCACGAGUGCGCCUCCAUCAAUCGUAUAUACGGAUUCUAUGAUGAAUGUAAAAGAAGAUACAACAUAAAAUUAUGGAAAACCUUCACAGACUGCUUCAAUUGUCUUCCAGUGGCCGCCAUUGUAGACGAGAAAAUUUUCUGCUGUCAUGGAGGUUUGAGCCCGGAUCUGCAGUCCAUGGAGCAAAUCAGACGGAUAAUGCGGCCGACAGACGUGCCCGACCAGGGCCUGCUGUGCGAUUUGCUCUGGUCGGAUCCCGACAAGGAUCAGAUGGGCUGGGGCGAGAACGACAGAGGCGUAUCCUUCACUUUCGGCGCGGAAGUGGUCGGAAAAUUUUUGCACAAGCACGAUUUCGAUCUCAUCUGCCGCGCCCAUCAGGUGGUCGAAGACGGCUACGAGUUCUUCGCCAAGAGACAGCUGGUGACGCUGUUUUCCGCACCAAAUUACUGCGGGGAAUUCGAUAACGCGGGAGCGAUGAUGUCAGUUGAUGAGACUCUGAUGUGCAGUUUUCAGAUCCUGAAGCCCGCAGACAAGCGAAAGUUUCAGUACAGCAUGAAUUCGGGUCGGCCUGUGACCCCGCCAAGGGCGGCGGCCAAUAAAAACAAGAAGAAAUAAUGACUCCACCCCCCCCACUUUAUCUAUCACCCCCCUCCAAAUCCCGAUCCUUCUCCUCUUUCUCCUACAAACACCUGCGUAAUUAUAAGUGUUUCUUUAUCUAGAAUAGGUCCAACACAACAAAAACAAAAUACAUGAAAAUGCAUAAAAAAAUUGGUUUUCUUUUUUCUUUUUGAGCUCGCCUCGUAUGUCAAGUUGUAUAUACGAGGGCCGUUCAAAAAGUCUCUAAAUUAUGUCUGUAGUAUACUUUUUAAAUACUAAUAUUUCGUUAUUAGUACUUUUUCUUUCGAGGACACCGCCUAUUGGAAACCGUUUUAAAAUUAUUUUUUUUUAGUUAUUUAAUGAGUAAUUUCGCGAAACAAGACUAAAAUUAAUAAAUGAAAAAAAGGAAAAGUUGUUGUUUCAUAUUUAUAUUAGUGUUAAUCUUGAAUGUCAUCAUAAAAAAAUUAAACCACCCCAAUUUUUUUAAUAGUUUCAUUACUAUGGGUGUCUUGAAUUAUCAUCUAGCUCAUAUUUUAUUUUAUUUUGGUUUUUAUAAGUAAAGUGAUUUUUUCUCUAAUUGACGUUUGUAAAAUAUAUUAUAUUUUUAUAUAACAUUUUGUUCUUUCUUUUUUUCACUUUCUUCAAACAUUGUUCCACCAAAAUGAAAAUGAGUAUUUUUUAUAGAAUACCAUCAAAGUUUUUGUAAAUAUGUGUUACCUCGUUUAAAAACACCUAUUUUCGAUCUUAAUUUAAAUAAAAA